GAGAGAGUAUGUGUCCGUUAGCUGCUGAUUGGACCAGCGCUCGCGGACGUCGCCCAAUAACCGGAAGAGGAGGAAAGCUCUCACUCUCUGAGUGACGAGCGGCCACUUCCUCUCGGUGGUCCCUCACGGAAGGCUUGUUUGGGUCUCUUCUCUUUCGAGGAAAGAUUCUGCGCCUGCGCAGUUCUCCACCGGCUGCAGCUAUAGCUGCUUUCUGGUGCCUCCUUCUAUCACCCCCCCACCCCUCCCCUCCUUGGAACGUUGGCGGCGUGAACGUUCCACGGGUCUCCAACGACUAGCGCGCGAUAGAGAGGAGCGAGCGUUCGCUUGGCGCGCCUGCGCAGACGGCCUGGGUGGAAGAAAUGAAUCCAAACAUGGACAUCACAAAGCCCAUGCGUGCCAGAAAAACAAUGACUCCAAGCAGCCAAAAGCGAGUGGCAACGUUGAGCAAAAAGAACAUCCAAGGAGCAGAGAAGAUGGCAAAUGGUGGCUCCAGUGCGGAUAAUCAUGUUCAUUUUAAAAGGGCUGAAACAAGCUCCUUAUAUGUGAACUCUCUGAAAGAUCUUAACCUCAAGCCUGAAUCAAAACAAACUCUGUUGCCCUCUCCGACGUUAAAAGAGCCCAUAACUAAUGUAGUUGUUAAUUCCGAAAUCAGUAUUUAUAAUGGUAGUCAGGAAGAAUCCCACGGUCUUGCCUACAGUGCUUGCCCUACAAACUCUGAUGUGAAACAGUUCCUGAAUGCUGGAGCUUUACAGGAUAUUUUGUACUGUUACUUUGAAAAAGAAUCCAGUUCCUCAUUGUUUAAGCCGGUGGAAGUACACUUGAACUCGGAGCCAGCUGUCCAGCCUUCAGGUCCGUUGGAAAAGCAGUUUUCAGUUACUUCUCCUAGGAGUGAAAUCCCUGUGUUACAUAAAGUAGCCAAAAUAAAGGACAAAAUGCUUGUUAAACGAACUGUACCAGUAUUGGAAUCAGAAAACGAUAACUCCCAGCUGCCUAAGAAGAAUGUUAGUGCUUCAGUAUUGCCAGAUGCCACUCAGAAGAAAAGGAGAUCUUCAGAAACUGAUGGAGAUGUCCUUUCCAAACACACCAAAAUAUGUGAUGAAGCUAGAGAGCGUUGCAGCACAGCCUCAGAUAUAAAACCAUCUGGAUUAGGGAAGGUCAAGUGUUUCAUUCAAAGUCAGCUGGACAAUUCGAUGCAAACCUUGGAUCACAGUCUCCAACAUCUAAGUGAAAGAAUUGAUCGCACGCAGUGCCUACGGAAGCAUGAAGGAAUAGCGAUUAAAAUUGUAAAGAAAAUCUCUAGGCUUGACAGACGCAUUAAUGCCGUGAUAUCAUUUCAGAAGACGGAAUUAUCCAAAAAAGGAUCCCUUCCACGAGCACAUUCCCAGAAUAAAACAUUAAAUGGCACCACCUCUCUUCCUGGCAAUACAAAUGGCAUGUCAGCACCAUUGAAAGAGAUGCCAUCCAGUCCUAAAGAAACUCUUUCAAAAAUCGCAGAGAGCUCUGAUGACGUUAUAUGCCUUGCUGAAGUGAACAAAAAUGCAGAUGUGGAAGCUGUGGAUUCUGCAGAUGUUCAGCAGAAAGAAGCUUCUGUAAACGCAGGCACUACAGCUGCAACGCUACACAACUCGAAGGAUCUAUUACUGAUUGAUCUAACUGAUGAAGGAAGUGAUGGUCAUAAAGGAGUUGGGAAAGAAGAGGAAAAAGGAAUUGCAAGGAGAAGAAACUCGGGACUAGAAAGCCUGGCAUCCAGUCCUCCCCAGCCUGUGCUGCAGUCAACAAAUCAGGUCUCCAAGCUGUUUCCUCAUCUCCCUCCACUACCAAGCAUCGCUUUGCAGCUGGAGCACCCAGACAAAUUCAGACACACUCUACCUCCGCAGAAGCUCGAACUCGCCGUGACUCAGGUUCAAAAUCCCAAAGGCUUUGCUCUCCACUGGAACAUCAGCAAAGUGGACCCAAGGUGUGCCCCUAUAGAAAGCUUCUGCUUGUUCAUCUGCCUCGAGUAUGCAAAUAAGGGUGCACUCUCUAACUGGAUGGAGACAGGCACAAUUAAGUUUAUGUCUCUCCCCAUGGCUUGCUCUGUAUCCCAGGUCCCGGGUUGCUCCAAAUGUUACUUCGCCAUUCAGUCGAAGGACAUCUAUGGGCGCUAUGGACCCUUCUGUGAGAUUCAGUCCGUUUCUGUGCUUUAGUUCCUGUGGAGCUGCACACUUGUUCAUGUGCCCCCACACUUGUUCAUGUGCCCCCCUUCUCUCUGUUGGCACGUUUUCCACAAUUCCACUUGUAAAAUUCUGUGUCUCAAGACUUCCAGUUCUCCCCAUUGAGUUCUUUCCUUUCCUCAAGGGGUAUCUUUAUGCUACAGAGCAGGAAGGGAGGGAGGGACCAAGGCCCUUCAAGUGUUGUUGAACUACAGUUUCCAUCAUCUCUGCUCAUUCACAGUACUGUCUGGGGCUGCUGGGAUUUGUAGUUCAGCUGGGGCCACAGGUUUCCACCCACUGCCUGCUUUACAUACAGUUUCUUUACACUCAAAACGUUUAAACAUUCCUCCUCCUAACACUGAAGGGAUAAUGUUGAAUUUUUUAAAAGUGCCUUUUCAUGGAGACUUAACAGAUUUUUUUUUCACUUUCAAAAAAAGGCUUGAAUUAAAGUUGAUUUAACUUCAUGAUGUCCUUAAAGCCCUUGCAAGAUGCUCAUUCCUGUUGGAUUCCACAGGCACAGCUCCCGUUCCCAAUCUGGUAGCUUGUCAACGUAACAGGGCUGUUUGAAAUGGGAAGUAUGGUCUGGUAGGUUUUUUUCCUUCUGAAAGAACCAGUUUGCUGCAUACGAACAUCAGUGUGCAUGAAGACUUGACUGAAAUUGGUUGGUCACAAUGGCUGUUAACUCUCCUGUGUCUGCACCAGAAUCAGUAGCUCUUAAGCACAUGAGCUUCUGCUAAAAAUACUUUGCUGUAGCGCCGGCCCUACCAUUAGGCAGAGCGAGGCAGCUCCCUCGGGCAGCAGGUGGGCAUGUGCCUUGGAACUUGCCCUGCACCCCCUAAGCUAGUCUUCCCCCACCCUCAGGGUCAGGUGCACCCAAGGAUGUUGGAAGCAAGAGUCAACUGCCAAUCGUGUCAGCUUCUGUACGUGGAAAGGGGGGGGGCGGAGGAAUUAUCCUGUCCUUUGCCUCAGGCCCCAAAAUGCCAUGGAAUGCAAAAGAAUAAAUCAAGUAAUUCUGCUCUUACUAGUCUUGAGAGAUACUAACUCCUCAGACACACACAUGCACACCUUCCAGCUCCUAAGAUCCAAAUAGAUGCUGCUCUCAAGCUUGCCUGGCUCUUGAGGGCUAGAGGCUUGCUUAAAGAAAGGAAAGCAAGCUGUUAUUCUCAGGACCCUGGAUUGAGCCCGGCAGGAGUUUGCAUCACCCAAGCAUACAAUCACGCACAGCUCUACCUUUUUCUCUAUCACUGUGUUUAGUGCUCUUGAAAUAGUUUGAAUUUGUUCUUGAGUAUUUAGCCAGAUGCUGUCAAACUGAAAUAUGGUAUCGGCAACAAUACUGUUUGUAACUUUUAUUUCCAUAUACACAGUGGGUAUAUAAAAUACAAAACACUUGAGGCACAGUGGAUAGAGUUAAGCUAGCAAUCCUGAAAAUUACUGUCCUCUGCCAAACAUUUUUGGUUUCUUAAUUUCUGUAUUUUAAAAAUAAAAAAUCUUGAAAAAUAGUAGGAGCAAAUGUAAAAAAAAAAAAGUUCCUAUAAUUCCAAGUCGAGUUGCAAAGGCAGUAACAUUUUAAGAAAAAAAAAAGGUGGUCUUUUUGUUUUUGGAAAAAAUGAUGGUAUUGUCUUAUGUGGUCAGAAAUCUAAAUAUGAAAAUAAUUCUAUAUGUGUAUGUACAUGUACAUACUUUUUUACAUAAAUAUAAUUUCAGUCUAUACAAUUUA